GCCCAAAAUCAACACCCUGAAAAAAAACCAAAACUUGCACAGUGAAAUGACUCUGUACUCUCUGAAUUGAAAUUCUUGAUUCAAAAGAAACGCACUUUCGAUCCAGAGGAACGAUGCAGAGGCUCGCCUCUCUCAAGCUCGCUUCCAGCCUCUCGAGAAAGCUCUCGGCAGCCGCCGCCGCCUCGACGUCUUCGUCUCUUCGCCAUUCUCGCCUCUGCGCCUCCUCCGCCGUCGCCGGGCCGGGCCGCGCCGAGCUCGGCGUCUCUUCGCCCCGUUCCUUCUUCCCCGACAACCCAUCAUGGCGGCUCCUGGCGAGAAACGCCCCGGCGCCGGCUUACUCGAAUGCCCUUAUCGGGUCGCCGCUCAAGAGCCUCGCGAAUUCCAGAGCUGGGUUUUUCCGGGCGCCCUCGCCUUUCAACUCGCGUUCGGGAUUCGGCGGCGGUUUCGACUCCUACAGACGAGGCUGGAAAUCAUGGUUUAGAAGGCUAACAGUUGACAAUGUGGUUCUGGGGCUGAUAAUUACCAAUGUUGCUGUUUUUAUGCUAUGGCAGAUUGCUGAUCGUAGUUUUAUGAAAAACUUCACUAUUUCCUUAGACAACUUUAAGAGCGGUCGUCUGCACACGCUGAUAACUUCUGCUUUCAGCCAUAUGACUAUGGAGCAUUUAAUCUACAACAUGAUUGGACUUUACUUUUUCGGGUACAAUAUUGGGAGAAAUUUCGGACCAGAAUUCUUGUUAAAGUUGUAUCUGGCUGGGGCUUUUGGUGGUUCAAUAUUCUAUUUGGUGCACCAUGCUUUCAUGCAUUCACAGUCAAAGGGUCAAGGAAUGUUCAGCAUAGACCCUUCAAGAAUGCCAGGAUUGGGGGCUAGUGGAGCUGUCAAUGCUAUCAUGCUACUUGAUAUAUUUCUCUUUCCAAAAGCCACACUCUACUUCGACUUCAUCAUUCCAGUUCCUGCCAUCUUACUGGGAAUUUUUCUGGUCGGCAAAGAUGUGUUGAGGAUAAUCCAGGGAGACAGUGAGAUAUCUGGAUCGGCUCACUUGGGAGGAGCUGCAGUUGCAGCCACAUGGGCCCGACUCAGGAAAGGGCGAUUUUAAAUCUUCGGCUUCUCAUGUUGAAUUCGGCAUGGGUAACUAAUUUCUUUUUCCUGUCCGCUUCUUCAUUUUUAUGAAGGGGGUGUCAAGGUGAUUGCCUCCAACGUGUUGCUGAAAACUUUUAUAGCAGAAACGGCUCCAGAGAAUCUGUCAAAUGCUGAAAGUGAUGACAUAACAAGGGAUGAUGAACUCUUUAAUUUGUGCGAAAAGGCAUGUGCACCAUGACUUCUAUGGCGGGAGCAUUACUGACGUACACAAUUAGAGAAUCUUUGCACAACUCAAGGUUCACAAUAGAUCUUAGAUGUUGCUGGUAUAUGUUUGCUGCAUGCAAGGCCUGAAAUAUAUGCGGAGAUCUUUUGUUGAUUCUGCACUGGGAAGUAUGAGCCUAAUAGUCAUUGUUGCUCACUCUGUGAGCAGAGCACUUUGAUGUGAAAGUAUCUGUCAAAAUGGCCAAUAGUGCAGGUUGUAUAAGAUAUGCAAAGAAUAUU